AUGUCACUCCGCAUUCCAGACCAGUAUUAUCGGUCGAGGUCCAAAUCUCGAGAACGGUCAAGGUCGCGCCACGGCCGUGACCACGAUCACGAUCACGGCCGCAGCCAUAGUCGCAGUCGCAGCCAUGUCCGCGCACCGUCUCCGCCUAGAGAAAAGGAGAAGAAAACCAAAAAGUACUACGAUUACGACUCGUUUGAAGACGAGGCCCCUCGCCGUACAAGCUCGCGGCACACGCCAAGUCAGUAUCGCGAGGUUUCGCCGUCCGAUGACGAGGGGCAUAGGGCAUCAAGGAGCUCAAGGCAUUCUGUAGCGGCCCCGAGCGAUCCCUAUUAUCUCUCCGACCAGCAGGCGCUAGCUCCUAGAUAUUCAUCCAGCUCUAAACCCUCCAAGAGCAAACGGUCGAGUUACCUAUAUGACUCUCAUUCGGAUAUCGAUAGUGCGCCGGCACCCAAACCGUCGUCAGCAGCAUACCCUUCCUCUCGGUCGUCUCGGCUCCCAGAGCCUGAAUACUAUUCGGAUUCAGAGGAUGAUGACUUAGCCUACGGCGACCCUUACGACUAUCCGCUCGCCAGCAACCACCACUUGCGGCCACGAUCAAGGUCCCGCGGUAGAGCCCCCACAGACCACAGGCGCACGUAUGAUUCAGACUCAAGCCAUGAAUAUACUACCAAGGAUCGGCAACGGUACUCCCGCAGUCGAACCAGGGAAUCAACCCAGCACGGAAGUUUAUUCGAUCAGGAGCAAGCUGCCCCCGCUGCUUACUCUCGUGAUGAGAAGAAGUACCCUUCAGCGCAAAAAUCCGGGUUCACAAACGCAUUUGAACAGCUCAAAUCGCAGCUCUACCCGUCAUCUACUGCAAACCCUCCUCAGCCUGAGAAAAAGUCAUCUAAGAUCGACCUUGAUGCGUGGGCAGAAAUUCCUGAAUGCGAACGUGAAGGUUAUAUUCCUCCAACUGAACAUAUGACCACUGGCGUUCCACAAAGUAAUAUGCCUACUAUGCCAAAUUUGCCUACUAUGCCAAACCUAUAUGCAACUCCUACGCAGUAUUACCAAGCACAACCCGUGGCUCCUCCAGCAGCCCCUGCGGCUCCAGAGUUACCACCGCGGCCGAAGAGCUCUACUUACAGCCGUCCUAUUCCUGGCGUGAUCCCCGGAACUAAUAUCACAAGCCCUACGGCAUCCACUACGCAAUAUCCUAGCAUACCUGCUUCACGAUAUGUGCCUCAGCAGUACGCUCAAACGCCGGCUACCGCUCAGAAUUUGAAAGCCACGACGGAAACUCCCGGCCAUAAACGCGCAAUAUCCACCGGAAAUAUCCCCACACAGCAGACCUAUAGUCAACCAGACGUAUACCAGUAUGCUGUGCCGGAAUCGAAAGUCAGAUAUUCCACCAAGACGCCCGCUCCCGCUCCCGCUGCGAGCCAUGACAAGAUUCAAUAUUCAGCUAAGCCCGUUAACCAGCCGAAGCAGGCUUCGUACAUGGAAAUAAAACCACGACGCCAAACCGUUAGUAGUAGGCCAAACAAUUUGACAAUAUCUGCGGAUGAUCAAAUGAAGAUACCAGGGAGCUUUCCCGAUGGUAGCAAUCCACCAGCAAGUCCGCUUCUAGAACCGUAUCGGGGUACAUAUCAAAGCAUAUCCCCGAUCCAGUGGCCAGCGUCUCUUGGGGACGACGGGUUAUCCGACAUUGAACCUCUCAGUGGUCGUGGAAAUGCAACGCUCGGACGCAAAAAAAGUAAGAGGGAUAGUGAGAAGGCAGGAAACACAUCCAAAGAUCAGCUUGAAAGAAUUAGGCGAUUGUCCACUAGCAUGGGUUCGGGCGCAGUUAAGGUGAUUACACCUAAAGAACCAGCGUACAUCUAUGACCCGAAGGAUGAUGCAAAGUUGAUCCAUUCUGCCUUGAACCACUCGAAGGUUAACCCAAAGCCGCUUAUAAAAAUCCUUCCAUAUCUCACCUCUGAUGAGAUUCUGGAUCUCCGCGCCGCGUACAAGAAUCUAAGAGUUAUGACUAGAAAAGGAGUCAACAUGGCUAAACAUAUCAAAAUGAUGGUGCCCGGAAAUUUCGGUAAAGUAUGCUAUGCGACUGCCCUCGGGCAAUGGGAGUCUGAAGCUCUAUGGGCCAAUUUCUGGUAUCAAUCGAGCCGAACUAGACAUGAGCUACUUAUCGAAUCACUCAUCGGAAGGCCCAAUGAUGAAAUCAGAGAGAUUAAAGCUUGUUUCCGUGACAAGAGAUAUCAAGACAACCUUGAGCUAUGUAUGCAAACUGAACUCAAGGCUGACAAGUUCCGGGUUGCCAUUCUGCUAGCCUUGCAAGAGAAGAGACAGUCCGACCAUGCACCACUGAAUGUCGACUUAAUUCGAAAGGAUGUGCAUGAUCUCCAUCGUGCAGUAACUUCGCGUGACGGAGGUGAGACGGCUAUGAUACAGAUUAUCAUUGUGAGAGGAAAUAACCACAUUCGAGAAGUCUUGCAAGCCUAUGAGAUGGCAUAUCGGGAGAAUUUCACACGGGCGAUGCUCUCAAAAUCUCGAAACCUGGUCGGUGAAACUCUUGGCCAUGUUCUUAACGGUGUCCGUAACCGUCCCAUGCGUGACGCUUUACUUAUUCACCAGGCUAUAACGGAGUCUGGCACAGGGCGGGACCGUGCCGAGCUUCUCAUUUCUCGUCUAGUCCGCUUGCACUGGGAGCCACGACACCUGGAGAAGGUGAAAUCAGAGUACCGCCGUAAAUACGGUAGAUACAUCGAGGAUCACAUUGAGGAAGAGAUUAUCGAGGUUGGAGGAGCAGGGGCUCAUGAAAAGAAGACGGAAUGGGCGGAGUUCUGCGUGGAGUUGGUCAAAAGUUCAAGUAUCCAUACCGAUAAUGAGGAUCAGUGA